AUGUACCUAAAGCUCUGGAAAAGUGGCAUACCUUGGGAAUCAAGAAUUUUGUCCAUUGCCGAGGAGACCUUAAGAGAGUUUUUAUCAAAAGCCACUGAAACUGCCGUGGAGUGGAUUCAAAUUCUUGGGAUGAAGAUAGAGAUGGCCACAGAAUACAAACUCAUACCUGACAUCAAACCAGGACAAUCUGGCUGGACUAUAAAAACAAUAGUGUCAGAAAAAUGCUCUCCCAACAAAGCUCUGAACAGCGCAUUGAAAUACCAACACAUAUGGUUAAUGGAUCCUACGGCUCAAUCACAGCAUCAAUAA